GCGGUUUGUUCGGUUGGGCGCGUUAAUCCUGUUCCUGGCAUUCGGUUAAAAACUUCCACCCGUAGAACAAAGCCAGUGGAGGCGCGGCACUGGUAGCAUUUGACAGUUUGGUCGUCGGACGACAGGAGCAGUCAUAAGUCCUGAUUCAGCUACCCCGAAGUUCGUGCAGCAAGACAAUACUAUCCGGUGCGGAGGUCCCGUCGUUGUUGGCUCUGAUCUGAUCUAAACCUAGGGGACCUUGCGAAAUGGCGUUUUCGGUGCUGAAUGCCAUAGCACGACGUGCGUGCGCCUCGAGUGUUUAUGUAACCAGCAACAACAGCAGCAGCAGCAGUGUACUGCAGAAAGCGGCCGUUUUGCAUAAUGUGCAGCCGGUGCGGAGCGCAGGCAAGUGGUUCCCAGACGAGCAGUUCAUCGAGCAGUUCAAGGGACCGGUGAUGUACCCAGACGAGGUGACCUCGCGCUGGAAGCUGCCACCGUGGAACAGCAAGAUCGCACCGGUGGAGAAGACUGUCCGCAACCUGAGCCUAAACUUUGGGCCCCAGCACCCAGCCGCCCACGGCGUGCUGCGACUGGUGCUUGAACUGGACGGUGAGACGGUGAUGCGGGCCGAUCCGCACAUCGGGCUGCUGCACCGCGGUACCGAGAAGCUAAUCGAGUACAAGACCUAUACUCAGGCGCUGCCGUACUUCGAUCGUCUCGAUUACGUAUCGAUGAUGUGUAACGAGCAGUGCUACUCACUGGCGGUAGAGAAGUUGCUCAACAUCGAUAUACCGCUGCGGGCGAAGUACAUCCGCGUGCUGUUUGCCGAGAUCACACGCAUCCUCAACCACAUCAUGGCGGUCGGGACACAUGCGCUGGACGUCGGUGCACUCACGCCCUUCUUCUGGCUGUUUGAGGAGCGCGAGAAGAUGAUGGAGUUCUACGAGCGCGUGUCGGGGGCUCGUAUGCACGCGGCCUACAUCCGCCCUGGCGGCGUAUCACAGGAUUUACCGCUUGGCUUGCUCGACGACAUCUACGAGUUCGCGUCCAAGUUUGCCGAGCGGCUGGACGAAGUCGAGGAUGUUCUGACGACGAAUCGCAUCUGGGUGCAGCGUACCGCCGACAUCGGUAUCGUGUCGGCCGAGGACGCGCUCAACUACGGCUUCAGCGGUGUCAUGCUGCGCGGUUCCGGUAUCAAAUGGGACUUGCGUAAGGCUCAGCCGUACGAUGCGUACGAUCGGGUCGAGUUCGAUGUGCCGAUUGGCACCAAGGGUGACUGCUACGAUCGCUACCUGUGUCGGGUGGAGGAGAUGCGUCAGUCGCUGCGCAUCAUCGACCAGUGCCUCAACCAGAUGCCGGCCGGCGAAAUCAAGACGGACGACACGAAGCUGACGCCACCAUCCCGCGCCGAGAUGAAGCACUCGAUGGAGGCGCUCAUCCACCACUUCAAGCUGUUCACACAGGGCUAUCAGGUGCCACCCGGUGCGACAUACACUGCGGUCGAGGCACCGAAGGGCGAGUUCGGCAUCUACCUGGUGUCGGAUGGUUCCAGCAAACCGUACCGUUGCAAGAUCAAGGCUCCUGGAUUCGCCCAUCUGGCAGCGCUCGACAAAGUCGGCCGCCAUCACAUGCUGGCCGACGUCGUCGCCAUCAUCGGCACGCUCGAUGUCGUGUUCGGCGAAAUCGAUCGCUAACUCGGUGGACUAAGCUCGGCAUCUUCCCAUCCUUCGAAAAUAAUAUGAUUAAUAUCCACUACCUAGCAUCUGUUAUCGUUCUUUUGUCGGCUCGUGCUGAUUGAUCGUUAAUAAAUUUUUCACUUCACAAAUGCAUGGCGCACGAAUCGCCAUCUCGGCCCUACCUUGUUAGUCAGAGGUGUCACGGAGUCGGUGGGAUUUGCGCAAUCGGAGCGAAACCGCCCGCCACCUUUCUUUAGUGUGCACGAACGACAGUAAAGCAGCAAUUGAAGAUGAUCUUGAUGUAAAUGAAACGAGCUGGAAGUAGGAACGAGAAUAAAACGAUUGCGAAAACAAAAACCAA